AUGCACAUUCUUGCAGCACCCUUUGAAAUUAUACUGGAAGUAUUUUCUCGUUUGGAUAGAGAGAAUCUCAGUCACUGUGCACGAAUCUGUAAAAGUUUGAAUGAAGUGGCAUUGAAUAACACUUUUAUAAAGACUUGCGUUCUGAACAGCAUUGAUGUCCAGCUUUUCGUACAGCUUUUGGAGUAUAUGCCAAACAUUCAAUUUUUAAAUUUGCGCGCAAGCCACUGGAAAACAUAUGCGAUGUACCUUAUUUCCUCGGAAUCAACUGAUUACAUGAAUCAUAUUCAGGCUAUAAGGUUACUUGAAAUAACCGAAAUUGGUAUGCAAAACGUCUUAAAUUUUGUCAAGCGGUUGUCAUCAAUCAAAAGUUGCAUUCUAUAUUUGAGAAAUUACAACGCAAAUGGACCAUCAUGCUUGAGACAGGAAUUCAUUGUAUAUGGAAUAAAAUACGGUAGAAAAACUUCAAUACAGAAUCAUGGCCCAUUCGAAUGUAGACUAGAUCGGUGUGACUACUAUCGUCAAGCUGAGGAUGGACAACGUGUCAUUGAACUUGCUUUACCAGACAUCAACUCGUCCAUCUUUCUAACAAAAGCUAUCAAUGAGUUAACAUUUCAAAUUGAUGAAAACAAUUCAAGGUUGACAAUGGUCUUUUUGAAAUAUGCGUUAUUGAACUACCCGAAUCUUUAUCAAUGUGAAGUCGAAAUCAUGACAACGCCUGAUCCUCAGCUUAGUGAAAUUUGUACGUAUCAAUCUCCCCAGCAACAGUAUCAGCCUACUAUUCGAAAGAAUCAAUCAGUACUUAUCAUCCGAGAUUUUAUUCCUUCUGAAUCAAUGCUUGAGGAAAUUGUAUUUUAUGCACCCCAUGUUAUACAUUAUGAUUUAAGGGACCCUUCAACAUCGCAAUCAGGGGAAUAAACCCAAUCUACCUUUUCUAAAAAAAAAAAAAAAAAGACUUUAUAGUGAGAAUUCCAAACAAAAUAAAACCAGCUUGAAAAUAGUCAACCAUUUUCUGUAUGACCAAGUACCAGACCAAGAUUUUUUUUAGUUCUCCUUUUACAUUCAUCUGAUGUGUUCGCAAGUGAAUAUAAAUGCUUAUACGCAGAUGUAGACACAUACGCCAUUCUAUCACUCUUCCGCACUCCAAUU